AUGCCUGGGCGUCCAGGAAGGCGGCCACGUUCAACAUCAGCGACAGGCACAUAUCGUACAGUACCAACGGAUCGUGAAACAACGACAGGUGACCUAACUGGAACAAGUUGGAUGACCGCUUCCGAGUCAGUAGGUGGAUUCUGUGCCGGUAGUGAGGUGAAUGAUAACGAAUAUGUGCAUAUUCUCGCGGAUUUAUCGGAGCAGGAUAGGAAUAUCGGCGAGAGAUUGCGAAGACAUUUGCAAUUCUUUUUCAUGGAUCCACUCAUGAAAUGGCGUGUUCGAAGACAAUUCCCUUUCAAGUUAUUCUUGCAGAUUCUUAAAAUUAUCUUCAUUACUAUACAGGCUAUAUAUCCUCCAUCUUCGGGCCGUUAUUCCGUUUUUACGGGACCUGACAUCAUCAACCAAUUCGCUUUCAUGAUCGAUUCUUACUAUAUGUUACAAGAAGAAUCGUUCGCAAGUUUUUCAUAUGACACAUCUUUAAUUCAUCGUGAAAAAAGGACGCUGAAUGAAACAGCAGCUGUGGUGAAUAAGAUCAGUUUCGAUCAGAUACCCUUUUUAGAGCUUUGUAUUCAUCGUAUCGCCAAUGUGACUGUUUUCAAUGAUACUUAUGAAUUUGAUAUCUCGGAGAUUGAUGGAUGUUUCAAGCUGAAUUUCACCGAGGAAGAAGUGCAAAAGGUUCAUAACAACAGCUGGUCAUUGGAGGAGAUUUUACGUGUGCGUGGUAUAACAUUCAAGCCGGAAGAUGCGUUGAUUAUAUCGAAAGCUGAAUUGAAAUUCAAAUUACGAACGAUUCAUUUCAGUCCGGUGUCGACGGAUCAGCGACCUGAGUGCUAUCUCAUUGCCGUUACAAUAACCUUUGAUAACUCGCGACAUACUGGUCAAGUGUUCAUAUCUUUGUCGACAGAAAUCAGUUAUGUGAACCUUUGUAAUGGUCGAAUUUUGCAAGGAGGUGGUUUAGCGACAGAUGCUAUAGUGAUUGGUGUGAUCGACGUCAUAGUUUUAAUGCUGUGUAUUGCAUCGCUUAUGUUGUGUUGUCGUGCACUCAUUCGUGCACAUCUUUUAAAAAUGACAACUUGUGAUUAUUUUGAAUGUGUAUUGAAGCGGAAAUUAGCACUGAGUGACGAACUGGAAUUUUUGAAUUUGUGGUAUGUGAUGAUUGUUAUAAAUGACAUCUGCAUUGCUCUGGGAACGGUAUUUAAAAUCAGUAUUGAAUUCAGAGAUUUUGACAGUGACUUAUUCACGACAACUGGCAUUUUAUUGGGUAUUGGUGCCUUGUUGGUUUAUGUCGGUGUACUUCGAUAUUUUUGUUUCUUCUCGAAAUAUAACAUUCUUAUAUUGACAAUGAAGCGAGCGUUGCCGAAUAUUUUACGUUUCAUGUCGUGUGCAGCAGUACUUUAUAUGGGAUUUCUGAUCGCUGGUUGGGUGAUUAUCGGUCCAUACAGUUUAAAAGUAUCAGACUUCCUUUUCUUCUCGUCUAGAUUCAUGCCAUUCCGAACACUCGGCAAAUCGUCGGAAGCGUUAUUCUCGCUGUUGAACGGCGAUGAUAUGUUUGCGACAUUCUUCACGAUCAACGAUUCAAAUACAACGAUAAAAAUUUUCGGAACAAUCUAUAUCUACGUAUUCGUUUCGUUGUUUAUAUAUGUCGUCUUAUCGCUCUUCAUUGCCAUCAUUAUGGAUGCAUAUGAGAUUAUUAAGGAGCAUUACAAUGGCGAUUUAAAAAUGGAAUAUUCGGCACUGCGUGCAUUUGCAAACAGUGAUUCAACGAACGUUCAACAGCAGAUAUCAAGCGAUGAGAUUCGUCAACAGUUUUCACCAAGAAAUUUGAUAAGACUUGGUUACACUGUCGAUACAACUGAAUGUUUCAAUAUAUUUUCGCGUUUUCGCGAUUGGUAUCGAACAAAACGUGCUAACGGUACCAAUGAUAGUGCUAAUGGUACACCAUCAACGACCAACUUUCCCUAUAAUUCGUUCACAAAUCCCAAUUUAAUCCAAGCCCAACAUCCUCCAACUACAACAACAGCCAUAUUGCCAUGCUCCGCUUCUGAUCACCAAUACCAGCACACAACAACUAAUGAUGACCCACCCAUACAGAUCGAAGGCCUCUCAUCACCCACCACAAAUAAUGAUACUUCUGUUAUCACCUGA